UCUCUCUAAGGGCACAAUCUACAAUUUUGGUUCAACCUGUAUUCAGUGUCCUUUCUAGACAAAAAAAGAAAAAAAAGAAAAGACAGAUUAGAAAGGGCACAUCAAUGUGUUCUUAAAAUUCAACAAAUUGGCUGCAUACCUUGACGGUAAACCCUAAUCAGUUAAUCCCCACAAAUUGCAAAAACUAGCCCUUUAUCUCAACUGUCACUUCUUCAAUCCUAAAAUCAUUUGUUGUCAAAAUGGUCAACGAGGAGAAUAAAGCAUCCAAUAAACGGGCAUUUGAUUCCAUAGCCACAUCAAAUGAAAAUGACCCGGUUACAAAGAAACGGGUCGUGUUGGGUGAGCUGAACAACAACGUUGUCGGGUCGACCCAAAACCCGAAUUUCAACGAAACCCACAAGUCCAAACGCAAAAUUAAGUUGAGGAAAGAUACAGUUAAAAAAGUUGUUAAAGAAAAUGUGGAGGCUGAGAUUAGUGUUAAUUCUAGUCCAAAUGAGGAUUUGCAGAAAUGUGGUUAUGCUCCUCUUAUUUAUCAACAUCUUCACUCUUUGGAGGUUGAGGAAAGGAGAAGGCCGUUGUCUAACUACAUGGAGAAGGUUCAGAAUGACGUGACUCCUACUAUGCGUAUGAUUUUAGUUGAUUGGUUAGUGGAGGUUUCAGAAGAGUACAAACUUGUUUCAGACACCCUUUAUCUCGCAGUGACAUACGUCGACAGAUUUUUGUCUUCUCACGUUUUAGCCAGGGAAAGGCUUCAGCUUCUCGGUGUAUCUUGCAUGCUUGUUGCAUCAAAGUAUGAAGAGAUCAGUCCACCUCAUGUUGAAGAUUUUUGUUACAUUACAGACAAUACAUACACCAGAGAAGAGGUAGUAAACAUGGAGAGAGAUUUGCUCAAUUUUCUGAAUUUUGAGAUCAGUAAUCCAACCACAAAAACAUUUCUCAGAAUCUUUACCAAGGCUGCCCAAGACACUUCUUCUUUUCUAACUUUGCAAUUUGAAUUCUUGGGUUGUUACCUUGCGGAGCUGAGUUUGUUAGAUUAUAUUUGUGUGCGGUUCUUGCCAUCAAUGGCUGCUGCUUCAGCUAUCUUUCUAUCAAGGUUUACAGUCUUGCCUAAAGUCCGCCCAUGGAACUUGGCACUACAACAAUGUACAGGUUAUAAACCAUCUGAACUGAAAGAUUGUGUUCUCGUAAUCCAUGAGUUGCAAUCUAGUAGAAGGGAAGCAAUUGGGCGGGCAUUAAGAGAAAAAUAUAUGGAUCACAAGUACAAGUGUGUGGCUGCAUUACAUCCUCCAGAUAUUCCUGCUUGUUUUUUUGAUGAUGCUUGAACGAGAUGCUCAAGACAAUUUCCAGCUGCCCCAAAGAUACAGUUCACCAAGCAAUAUACUGUACUGGAUUUUGCACGGAAGAACUCAUUUGAGUUUUCCCAUUGUCUCGACUUCUGAUUGUUUUCCCUGGCAAGGGACUUUAGGUUGCUUAGCUCCAGAAAAGACACAAUGAUGUGAAAAUCAUUCUUCUGGAAUGGCUUGGGAUAUGAAGGAUGUGUAGAUGUUAGAGCAGAAUGGUUUAUAUUCUGAUGUUUCAAAACAUGGAAAUGAUUUUUUUGUAAAUCUUGUUAGUGAAAUAUAAAGGUGGAUACUGUUCAUAGUAACAUAUCCUAGCUAGAUAAGUAUCAACUCCACUUCAAUCUCAAUUUAGUUUGAGGUCUGCUAUAUGAAUUCUUUGUACGUUGUCCUCUUUGUCCUCCAUGGCUUGCUAGUUUCUAUUUUCUGUA